AUGAGCAAAUCUAUACCAAAACCUGCCACUCACAACUACAGCAAUACCAAUGAGGCUCAAGGAGGCUACGCCAUACUUAAGAAACAUCUCGCUCAGAUUAAAGACUACUGCCGAACUUUGCGCAAACCACUACUCAUUUUUACCGACAACGCACUACUCAAUACGGCACUCAACAAACCGGAACCAGACGACAAAGGCGACGUCUACUAUUUCGCUAACAAAAUACUCAGACUACUUAAGACGGUUGACAAUAAAGUCACAUACUACCACAUUCACGGAAAGUUCAACCCAGCUGAUGCACCGAAUAGGCAACCUACCGACAAGUUAAAAAUAGACAAGAAGAGAUAUACCUCAGAAAAUCGAUUGUGGGCCAACGAUAGAUUCUAUCGCACACAAGAAUCAAGCCGCACACCAACGGCCAAUUAUAUUUCUCGCCCACAAUUGCUAACUCAAGAAUUAAUUAAUACCCGCAAGAGACCUCCGGACCACGAUUUAUUAUUUACCGGGAGACGCCGUCUCCAACAUGAAACUGUAAACAUUUAA